AUGUCAGUUCCGGGAAUAAGGUUUUCAGGCACAACAAUGAUGAGAUCAAAAAGCAAGAAAGCUGAUGCAGGGAAUGGAUUAUUAAGUGAAAAAAGAAUUCCAGCAAAACGUAAGCGUAAAGAUGUUUCGAAUUGGGAUACAGCAUUUUCUUGUGAUGUUCAGAAAGUAACCAAAACAAAACCUGCAAGAGAAGUGAAGAAAUCUUGUUAUCGUAGCCCUUCUCCUGUAAAAGUUUCUCAAAAAAGGAAAGUCAGUCAGCUUAGUACGAGUGAAUUUGAUUGGAUUGAUACGAUCAAAGAAUGCCCAGUAUAUCAUCCAUCGAAGGAAGAAUUUGAGGAUCCCUUGGCUUAUGUGCAGAAAAUUGCUCUUGAAGCAUCAAAAUUUGGCAUUUGUAAGGUUGUCUCUCCUCUGGGAUCUUCUGUUCCACCGGGAGCAGUGUUGAUGAAAGAGCAAAAAGGUUUUAAGUUUACCACUAAGCUGCAACCUCUGCGACUUGCUGAAUGGAAUAACAACGAUAAGAUCUCCUUCUUCAUGAGAGGAAGAAAUUAUACUAUCCGUGAUUUUGAGAUAAUGGCAAACAAGGCAACAGCUCGUAGAUACUGUAUAUCUGGAUGCCUUCCUCCUGCAUAUGUGGAAAAGGAAUUCUGGAAAGAAAUGGUACAUGCAAAGAAAGGAAUGGUUGAGUAUGGAAUCAAUAUAGAUGGUAGUGCCUUCUCAAGCACUUUCAGCGAUCCUCUUGGAAGUAGCAAAUGGAAUUUCAAGAUACUACCUCGGCUGCGAAGAUCCACAUUACGCUUGAUAGUAAACGAAAUCCCGGGAGUAACUGAACCCAUGCUAUACAUUGGGAUGCUAUUUAGUAUGUUUGCGUGGCAUGUGGAGGAUCAUUACCUCUAUAGCAUUAAUUAUCAUCAUUGUGGGGCGCCCAAAACUUGGUAUGGAGUUCCUGGGCAUGCAGCUGUUCAGUUUGAGAAUCUUAUUCGGCAUCAUGUCUACAAUGAGGAAAUUCUAUCAGAAAAUGGGCUCAAUGGAGUCUUUAACGUUCUUCAAGAGAAAACAACAACGGUUUCUCCAAAGAUUUUGCUGCAAUAUGAUGUCCCCGUUUACAAGGCUGUGCAAAUGCCAGGGGAGUUUGUUAUUACCUUCCCUAGAGCAUACCAUUCAGGAUUUAGUCAUGGCUUUAACUGUGGCGAGGCUGUGAAUUUUGCAAUUGGUGAAUGGUUUCCAUUUGGAGCUGAAGCAUGUGAACGUUAUGCUCUUCUUGGCAAGGUUCCAAUUAUUCCUUAUGAAGAGCUCCUAUGUGCAGAAGCAAUGAGUCUCCCAGAGUCUUUAACUCACAUACCUUAUUGCUCAGCAGAUUUAGUCUCCCUUCGUUGUGUAAUGACUUCAUUUUCAUGCCUAUUGAGAUCGUACCACCAUGCCCGCUGGUGCUUGAAGAAGUUUAGAACUUCACUUAGAAUGUGUUUAAAACCUCGAGGAUCAUCCGUCUGCGUCCUCUGUAGACGACUAUGUUACGUGGCAUACAUUGAAUGCAAAUGUUUCGAUGGUCCCAUAUGCCUUUUUCAUGAUUUUGAAUCUUUUAACUGUCUGUGUGGAAGUAGCUGCAGCCUCUUUGUUACAGAGGACAUUUCAAAAAUGGAAGUUGUUGCACAGAUGUUUGAGGCUGAGGAAGGAAUGCUCUAUGAGGUUGAGCAAAAAAUGAAGUCUGAACCUUACUUGUGGAUGCAGACCUUAUCUUCGUGCGUGAAAGGAAAAUAUAGUCCAUAUUGCGAGAUAAUGCCAAUAAAUACUCAAAACAAUGAGGCCACUUGUAUAAAGAUGUCCAGGAUCGGAAGAACUUCUGCUCUAGACAAGCAAAGGAGGAAUAAGAAGAAAAAGUGUGACAGAGAAUCAAUCGAGCGUGAAAGCGAAGGAAUGUAUCCCUGGAGCUCUAUGCUUGUCAACACUCAACAGCAAGAAAAUGAUACCACGGAAAAUAAAGUCUCAAAGAUAUAGCUCUAGUACUGAAGACGACGGACCAUCAUUUUCUAAAGGUAAAUGCAACCGAUGCAAGGAAGUAGGUGACACCAAAUGAGAGCCAUAAAGCUUCACUAACCUCAAUGUAACGUCUCUGUUUAUAUCAACCAACGUGCCUUUUCUGUUGGUCCAACCAUUGAAGGCAAAAUAUUAGUAUCUUGUAACUCUAAUUGUGAUUUGUAGGCAUAAUGAAGUUCAUAUUCACGAGUUUAUAUUAU